AUGUCCUACGAAGCAUCCCUAGCGAAACUAGCCUCCCCACUCAAGGAACUCGUCUCGAACGCGCAAUCUGACACGGGGACAUCCGAUGCAGACAAGGCAGAGGUAAUCAGCUGGAUAGAUAAGGUUGCAGCGGGGGAUGUCGCGAAGGCCGAGAACUUCCAGGAUUUAGACGCGCUUCUGACGCCUCGAACCUACAUAGUGAGCAACUACUUCACUGCGGCUGACGUCGCGCUCUAUGGCGCACUCCAUCCAACAAUGUCUCAACUCCAGCCUUCUCAAUACUACGCUACCCCUGCGAUCACCCGUUACUUCGAUCAUAUCCAAUUGAAACCCUCGGUUUUGAGUGCAGCACGGGCGCUGUGUCCAGCUUUCUCACUUAUCACGUUCGAUUUGGACUCUGCCCCUAAGAUCGAGAGGAAGGCGGAACUACCGAAGAAAAAAGAGAAGGCGCCAAAGCCUACUGGUCAACAGCCACAGGGUACUGAAAAUGCUGAAAGAACAGCUGCUACGGAGGUUUCCAAAGGAGAGGGAGCGACCGUAAGCAACAAAGAGCAGAAGCCCCAGAAAGAAAAGAAGGAGAAGAAGGAGAAGAACAAAGAUACCGCUGUCGCUCAAGCCGAAGGCAGCAAGAAAAAAGGGGGUGCAGCUCCCGCCAAUAAACCUGCGGAGGAUGAUGGCGAACCGGUUCCAUCUAUGAUAGACAUGAGAGUUGGACACAUCAUAGACGUGAAAAAGCAUCCUGAUGCUGACAGUCUGUACAUCGAGCAAAUAGAUCUGGGCGAGGAAACGGGUCCUCGGACAGUUGUCUCGGGGCUCGUCAACUACAUACCUAUAGAAGAGAUGCGUGAUAAAUACCUUGUUGCAAUUGUAAAUGCAACCGCCUACUUACGCUCGGUCAGUGCAACCUUGAAACCUGCAAAUAUGCGUGGCGUCAAAAGUUUUGCCAUGGCUACAUCGAAAGAAGGUAAGGAUGGUGGGGUCGAGCUGAUACAACCACCGCCGGGAGCCAAACCUGGUGACCGUGUUUAUUUCGAGGGACCAGAGUACGAGAACGCACAACCACUACCUCAGUUGAAUCCAAAGAAGAAGAUCUUUGAAACUAUCCAAGCAGGCUUCACCACACUCGAGACGAAGGAGGCGGUAUGGAUCAAUCCCGUUACGAAGAGUGUGCACAGAAUUCGUACCUAA